AUGUUGGACCUCGAGGCGAUCGCGCGGCGCGGACGGCGGGCGGAGAGUCCGAACGGCCCGCUCGGCGCGUCGACGGAUUCGUCGCGAUCGAGCGAUGUCGCGAGCGAUUCGGAGGAGGCGAACGGGAUGAUGCGGGGAGAGAUGACGCGGGCGUGCGUUUUGAGACUCGUGGAUCGUGGAGAGCUUCGACGAGAGGUGACGACGCGGGUGGCGCGGCGCGAGGCGGCGCGAAGACGGCGCGUGGGCGACGAGACGUUCGUGUGCGCGAGGGCGCGGACGCCGAUCGAGCGACGGAAGUGCGAGGCGGCGCGGACGUAUCAGAUGCAUGUGCUGAGAUCGGCGGGGACGUUCGAUGCGUGCGUGGGAUACGGCGCGGCGCAGGCGUGCGAGGACGACGUGCGUCGCGUGAGCGCGGAUCCCGGAACGGAGGAGUAUUACGUCGCCAGCGAGAAUCCGUUCGAUGAUAAGGUGUACGGCGUCAUGCGCCUCGUUCGAUGUGGGGUAAGAGAAAUUAUCGACGAUCGCUUCGACGCCGCGACGGAGUGCUCUUCCGGAUUGGGGUUCGUCAUCGAUCGUUUCUUCGCGACGACGGCGGCGAACGAAAUCGCCGCCGCGCCGAACGGACCCGAGUUCAUUCGACGGCUCAUGAUCGACGCCGUUCGCGCCGUCGCUGCGAAACGUGACGUAAUCUGCCCGAAACGAACGAUUCCAAUCCUCAGCGCGACUCCGGUGGACGUGAGCGGCGCGCGAGCGUUCGACCACGUCGAUUACGAGCCUCGCGGUUUGACAAGGUACGAGGACGGAAUCAUGUGCGACGACGACGUCAUGCUCGAGCGUGAACACUGGGUCACGCGCAAGUUUUUCAAACUGUACGUCAUUCCCGCCGUGGCGCCCUCGAACGAUCCGCGUGCGCCCGGGAAGAAGACUUGGUCGGCGUUCGGCAAGGCUCGCGAUUUGCGCGCCGAGGCGGAUUCAGACGCGGACGAAGACGAGCGAGAGCCCCUCGUGGUCACUCUGCACGCGAUCGCGUCACGCGACGUCGAGCGAAGAAACGACGAUCCACUCAGUGUCGCGCGAGCCAUCGCGAACGAAUGUGUUCUCGAGUUGAACGACGACGAACGCGCAUCAAUCGUCGUGGAGGCGCUCGCGUGCGCGCUUCGGGACGAUUCGGGCGCGCCUUCACACGAGGUCGAUUUUGACUCGUCCUGCUCGGGCGUCUUCGUCAGAGCGGUGCGAACAAUCGUCGGCGACGCGCACGAGAUGAAGAAACGAGCCGUCGUGUGCGUGCGAACUUCGGUGGACUCGGUGGAGAAUUUGAUGGACUCGCUCGAGUCGUCGAUGAGCGCCGCCGGGACAGACGCGUGCGUGCUCGUCUCUCGAUGCCUUUCUCGCGGUCGUCACUUCGUCCUGUGCGACGGAGACGUCUUAACUCGGGAUAUGCUGGCGUGCGCGGCCUCUCGUGGGAUCUUCGCCGACGGAGGCGUGUUCACGGCGUCCACGGACGGCGACCACGGCGUCGUCGCCGCUCGAUUCAUCCGUCGAGAGUUUCGCGUGCGCACUUCGCGCGUCGAGGAUGUCGACGCCCUCGUCGAUAUCGAAGCCGAGGCUUGGCUAGAAACGCCAGAAAUGCGAACGUCUCUGCAGACCGUGCGUGAUCGAAUCGAGAAGAACGCCUCGAUGAAUUUCGUCGUCGAGGACAUCAGGACUGGAUGCGUUCGAGGCGUCAUGUAUACGCAAUACGUCGAUGACGUGGAAUCCCCCUUGAAUGCGAUUUGGGAGACAAAGGAGUCCAAUCGUCGCGAGGUAGGAUCGACGAACGUCGUUCAGCUCCUCGAUGUGUUCGUCGAUCAGCGAUACGGCGCCCUGUGCGCCUCCGCUGCGAUUUCCGUCGGGCAGGAGCUUCGCAAUCACGUGUUGAGCUUUGCCGAGCACUCGGGAGUGCAGCAAGCGUGCGCCGUCACUCGCACACGCGGGUAUCGGGCGACGCAACAGACGUCACCGAGCUUAACGUACGACGAAUACGUCCACGGCGACGUCCUGGACCGUGGGGUAUUUUUCCACACGUCCGCCGGCGCCGAGGUUCUGCGCGUCGUUCGUCCGUGGCGAUCGAGAGAUUACGAAAACGACGGGAACGGUGUUCUCAUUCGGUACGACGUGCGCGAGUACGCGUACACAAAUGCCGUUCGUCGCGGUCGAAGCGCCCUAAAGCUCUCGAAGCGACGACCGAGCGACCCGACGCGUUCGGAAGGGCGUCCGUACGUCAACUCAAUCGAAGCCGUCGCCUGGGAAGCUCGAGCGCAAACGUUCCCAGUGAUCGCGUAA